AUGUUUACCAAGGAUGGCCUAUACACUUUCAUAUAUGGGAAAAGAAUUGGAAAUGCCGAGCCGCCUUUGUUCUUGAAAUUCCGCUCGUCAAAGGCAUUCAUCACUAGCACGAUCGCUUUAGCUGUGUUUACGGAUAUCUUCCUGUACUCACUGGUAGUACCAGUGUUACCUUUUGCUCUCACCGAAAGAGUGGGGUUAGAACAGAAAGAUGUACAGAAAUGGACGUCGGUGUUCUUGAGUAUCUAUGGAGCAGCGUUGGCUAUUGGAUCUCCCGUGUUCGGGUGGUUUGCGGAUAGAUCUAGAUCCCGUAGGGCUCCUCUUCUACUAGGACUUUUAGCUCUCGGUGGUUCCACUGUUAUGUUGACAAUAGGACGCUCGCUACCCCUUUUGUUAGUCGGAAGAUUCAUGCAAGGCCUAUCAGCUGCAGUUGUCUGGACUGUUGGCCUUGCACUUUUGUCCGACACCAUCGAGAAAGAGAAUAUCGGCCAAGCGAUGGGUUACAUCGCAGCUGCCACGAGUAUUGGAUCACUCUUCGGUCCGCUCCUAGGUGGUAUUGUUUACGAGGCUGCUGGUUACUACGCUGUUUUCUCUAUGGGCUUUGCGAUUAUUGGUCUCGACGUCUUUCUUCGCCUUUUCAUGGUUGAAAAGUCAGUUGCCAACCAAUGGCUGUCUCCCGUAGAAGAGACUACAGUUACGGAUACUCCCGAAUCUAUAACUUCUUCUGACCAGAAUGGAAACACUAUCCAACCAGUUAACCCCGAGAACGCUCCAAUCGAUGAGAAAUCUGUAUUAGAACGCCUAGAUACUCCAACUCCCAAGAAAUGGACCAAGAAUCUUCCUCCCGUAAUCACACUCCUUCGUAUCCCCCGUCUUCUCGUUGCCCUGCUAGGUUGUGCCGUCAAUUCCAACUCCCUAGGAGCAUUCGACAGCGUCCUUCCUCUACACGUACAGCAAGUAUUCGGUUGGAACUCCACCGGCGCCGGUCUAAUAUUCAUCUGUCUCGUUGUCCCUGCUCUAUUCGGUCCUCUCAUCGGCUGGAUAUCCGAUCGAUACGGCACCAGAACCCUAACCACCGUAGGGCUCUUUGCGUCCGUCCCAGUCUGGGUAUGUCUCCGCUUCGUCACGUACAACACCAUCGGCCAGAAAGUCCUGCUCUGUGCACUAUUAGCUAUGCUCGGACUUUUUAUGACCAUGAUCAUGGCACCGUUGAUGGCGGAAAUAGAUCACUGUCUGACUGUCGAGGAGAAGAAGAAUCCUGGAAGCUUAGGCAAGACGGGAGCAGCUGCUCAGGGCUUUGGACUCUUCAAUUUCGCCUAUGCGAUUGGGUCAAUUGUUGGACCGUUGUGGGCUGGAUUUAUUAAUGAUACGGCUGGUUGGGGGACUAUGACGUGGAGUCUAGGAUUGCUGAGUGGUGUUGCUGCGUUUCCUGUGUUUUGGUGGACAGGAGGUAGGAUUAUGCUUAAGGGUAAGGAGAGGAAUGUGAGUGCUGAGGCUGUUUGA